AUGCCCGACUUCGAAGGCAAGCCAGACGGCGCGGGAGCGCCCAAGGACUGGCGCGAAGACACCCAUCAACUUCCCUCCUUCUACUCGCCGAAAACGAAGACGGUCGACGGUCCAUCCGACCAUCCCUCGGCAGCCGCACACCCUGACCCCGAGCAAUUGAGCUUAUCUGACCCCGCCGCAACCCCCGCAACAGCCGUAGAUGACGCCGCAUCAACAACCUCGGCCACCCAGAUCCCGCCGCCCUCUCUGCUGUCGCCAGCGUUCACGCCGCCCGCGACACCCGGCACAUCGACGCCCCUCACGAGCGAGGCGGCCCCGCUCGGUGUGCCCGUCGAUAGCUCCGUACCCUCUGGCGGCUGUGGUACCAAGCGACCCCGUCUCCUCGAGACCCUCCCCGAGGUGCAGUGCAUCGUGCGAGCGCGCAUCCCCACUGUCAAUGGCACCGAGAUGUUCCUGCACCUCUACCAGAACAACGUCGACAACAAGGAGCAUCUGGCCAUUGUCUUUGGCCCGCAGAUCCGCAGCCAGUCGCUCGAUGCGCCACGGCCGGGCGAGACGGAGAUGGACCGCAUGAUCCGCGGCGCGUAUACCGGUCGCCUUUUCCCCGGGCGGUCGACCAGCGGCAUGGCCGGUGGCGUCGCCACCCCCACGGGCGAGGAGCCGCCUGCGCAGCGCGGCCCUGCGCUGGUGCGCAUCCACUCCGAGUGUUACACGGGCGAGACGGCGUGGUCGGCGCGGUGCGACUGCGGCGAGCAGCUGGACGAGGCGGCGAGGCUGAUGAGUCUACCGGGCAAUACUAACGGCGGCAUCAUCAUCUACCUGCGUCAGGAGGGUCGCGGUAUCGGUCUGGGCGAGAAGUUGAAGGCGUAUAACCUCCAGGACCUCGGCUCGGAUACCGUGGAGGCCAAUUUGCUCCUGCGCCACCCCGCGGAUGCCCGGAGUUAUGGGCUGGCGACGGCGAUGCUCUUGGACCUGGGGCAGAGCGAGGUGCGCCUGCUGACGAAUAACCCUGAUAAGAUCAGGGCGGUCGAGGGGCCUAAUCGUGAGGUCAGGGUUACGGAGCGCGUUGCGAUGGUGCCGCUUUCGUGGAAGGGACGGGGCGGGUUCCGUAGCAAUGAGGUUGAAGGGUAUUUGAAAACAAAGAUUGAAAAGAUGGGACAUAUGCUUGACAUGGGCGGCAUGCCCCAAUGA